AGUCCGAUCUCUACAUAAUACGAUAGCUAGAGCACACAAGAUGCGAUCUUCAUUAACACAGUGGUAUGACAUGAGAGCAGUAUUAGCGUUAUAUCUAGGCGAUAUAAGCGAAAUGGAAAUUAUGCACAACAACAAGAGUGCUAAUAUUCCAACUCCUGGUGAGCUUGCUCAAUUGUUGCACAUUCCAUAAUUUUUUUUAUCAUACAGGCUUGGUUAUCACGAUGUUGUACGGUGUAUUCGCAUACGAUGGGAUCGCCGUAGCAGUAAAAAUACGUAAAUAACAAUCACAACCCAAGAAUCCAAAAGGAAUUAGUAGAGAACAAAAAAAUAAGGAGUACGGAAUAUGAAGAGCGACAACACAAAAUAAUAAUGGAAUUAUCCGGACCAGACGAAUCGACGAAUAAUACUUGACUGGGCUGUUGACUUGCCAGUCUCAAAUUCAUCUGACAAUAAGAGAUGUUUUCUUCAAGUUCCGUAGGGGAAGGUGACAGAUCUCCUUCUCUGGGGGAGUAAUACAAUGGUAUGUAGGCAACGUGGCUCCGGUGACAGCGACGAGCAGCCAGGAUUCGCAAACAAUGGAUUAAUCGCAUUCUCCCGUCAAUAGGCUGCCGGCGUAAUAAGCCACCAAUGCCGCAGUGGACAUGAGUUGGUUGUCCAGCUGGUCACCAUUGCAGGUUCUGCUAUUCAUCGUUAUCAAAUAUGCCAACCUGAGCGUGAUUAUGCCCGUAGACAAGUCUAUAAGCUCGCGAGUUGUAGUCGCUGCCUCGCAUGCCGCUUUGUCAGGUGAUCUGGCCGUUCUCAUCCUAGGCUUACACCCUUCGGACGAACCCACAACCGUACCCCUGACCGAUACGGAUGAUGCGGAUACUGUCCUGGAAGAAGAGCGAGGAGGUACAGGGAUAUUUCAAGCUCCUCUGGUCUUGAGGGUAUUAAGAUUGGAUGGCUUUACGUCUGAGCUUGUGGGCCAAGUUACCGUCAGACCAGUUCCUUCUGCGGGUGGAAAUCUUUCCCUGACCGUGCCGUGUGGUUUUUUAUCACGCGGGGGAACUUAUUCUCUCCAACUCGUGAGAAAAAAUUCACCAGUGCCAUCUAAGUUGACUGAUAUCUCCUCCAUACACGACAUUCAGAUGCGAACGACCUUAGACGUCAGAUGGCCGACACCUUCGCUUUCCCUUGAACCGCAACACUUCGAAACAUACCCGAGGCAACCGGUAUUGGCAACUAUAGAGUACACCGGAGUAUCCUGUACACCCUACGCGGGGGUUCCAGUCGCGGCUUACUCCCUCGAGCUGAUAUACUGUGGUCCUAGUGUGCUUUCCUGUGAUACGCGUAACAAGAGUCACGUGCAGGUAUUGUAUUCCGAAGAGAUCAUGGGAUUCCCCGCACAAAAAGUUAUCACGUUACGAUGUGAACUAUUCGGGCAGGCUGGGCACUACGCGCUGAGACUCAAGCCUACCGCUGGAAAUCCAACCGCGCCAACCACGAGUGCUUACAUCAAAGUUGAAUGGUCGGACGAAUUCGUUUUCAAUAUACAUGCCAGAUCGGUUUACCCCUGCGACGGAGGAAGUGGCGGUGUCUCGGUUCUCUUCGAGUAUCCCGCGUGCCGUCUUCAAGGCGAUCGUGUCCGGGUAUACGGACGCCUUAGAGCGGACGUUGCUUCACUUGCGCCACCCUCUACGCUUCAUUAUUUAGCCGAGCUUAAGGCACCCCCUGGUAAACACACCUUGACCUUCGACUGUGAAAUAUUCACGGAGAGGUUCGUCGAGUACUGCUUCAGCUACGUUAGUCAGGCCAUCACCGGAGCAAUGUCACAAGUUCGGGUGGACUGCAUUCCAACGUUUCUACUUCAAGAUGGUGACGCGGGUGGAUGGGGACCUUGGAGCCAAUGGACUCCCUGCAGUAGUUCGUGCGUUGGUGGGACCAGGCACCGGUAUCGCUUUUGCGAUACACCGCCACCAAAAUACGGGGCAAAAUUUUGUCAGGGACAGGCAGUCGAGACCGAAACAUGCGGUGGUACGAAUCAUUUGGAUCUUCAUGGGAACUGGAACCUUGCAGAGUGGGAGUGCCGCCACGGCAAGGAAUUAGCUGCAGAGAAACCAGAAGUUGCCGCUGAGAUUGGCAGUGUGUGCAGAUGUGGUUGUUUAGUUAUCCUAGACAGAAAUAAAAUGCAAAGAAUCCUGGCCGCAAGCACACAGGCCUGUCCCGGUAGAUCCUUUUGGUUGGUUCAGGCUGAAGCUGACCAUAGGGUUCGCCUUCACUUGGACCAAGCAAGAUUCCCGUGUAAGGAACAGUACGUCAGGGUACGUGACGGGGAUUCUUUGACUGCUGAACUGCUGGCUGAUGUGGCUUUCGAUAAGAACUCCCCGAUUUCCGGCACCGUCACGUCCUCGGAUACACAUUUACUAGUGGAAUUCUUCAGCGGCGAGGAAUCAGCGGUUCACGCAUCGUGCGUCGGCGGAUAUUUGGCUCACGCCACGAUGUUUGCCAAUAUUUUCUCGGCAAAUGAAACUGCUAUGCCGGCUGACUUUCUGUCACCAAAAAUAAUGGCGGCGGCGGGAAGAUGGGCGCAGUGGUUGACGCCGGCUCAUUUGGCGGCUGCGACGCUUCUUGUUCUCAUAUUCCUCGUAUCUGUAUUCUUGGCGUUACAAUACGCCUUCAAGUACAGAAAAUAUGAGAUAGCCGAGGACCUUGACAGUCUCACAGACAAUUCCGCUUUCGGUGGAUCAAUGCAGGGCUUGGCAAGGAGGGCAAGGGCAUUGUCAUCGGCAACUCUCUUCUCCGAGGUGGUCUCUCUCAUUCGAUUACCCAGAAUGGGUUCCCCCAAGCACGCGAGGCUUCAAGAGGCACCAGCCGAUGUAGAGGACGACUACGAGUGCGCGGGAAGCCAAGCUAUAAAAGACGAUUCAGAGGUUAGCGAGAAAUCUGGGACAUUGAAGAGCAAAGGCUCGGAUGAAAAUUUGCAGACGACAAUUGUUCAAGGCUCUGUGGACACGCAUGGCAGGCAGUCAUCGACUUGCAGUAUACCAACACUCGGACAACCUGAGGUCAAGUAUGCCCGACCGGUCAAGCUGCGGACAGUUGUUGGCCCCAUCAGUCCAGUUUCCGAAGAACGUUCAACCUCGGAAUUGAGCAGACGUUACAGUAUAACCAGCACCUCGAUCAGUCUGAAUAAUGUAAGAGUCCCUCACCCAAAAUCAUCCACCUUUCUGCAAGUCAAGGGUUUUUCACCUGCUAGCACGUCGUCAAACGCGUCGAAUUUGCGAUGUGGCAAGGAGUCGAAGGAUCGACGAAACAGGGAACGCCUACUUCAGGGACCAGGGUCGGAAUUCAGCCUGGCGAACCAAGAUAUGGACUUGGAACUCGAUUACUACGACUACAACGUCGUUAAUGCAGGAGCUGCUCCCGGAUCUUAUCUGGGUAUGGACCCAGCGUUUUUAGUAUGGAUACCCCCACUUGAUCCCGGAGAAUCGGAUAUAAUGCGCGCCAUCGAAGAGGAUCAUCAUUACGAGGAGAUACCCGAGCGCAGGGGCAGUGCUGGGUCACGUUUGAAAUUGAAUACGGAGGGGGCUUCCUUGACACCAUCCGAGUACAAAUUGAUGAGGGAGAGCAAGGCGAGGACCGCUGCCCCGGGUUCGGAUGGAACCUCUGUGCAUUGCCAGAAGGAGAUAUCGCCAAAACGGAUUGACCAUGGUGAAAGUCGACUUCACGACGAAAUAAUCACGGAGUACAGAGCCAGGCUAAGCGAAGGUAUUCUACCGAUUCACAGAAUCCUCGAGGAGUCUAGAGUAAGGGUCAGCGACGAAUCGUUGGCUAAAUAUGUUCACGAUGAUGCUCUCAAUAUUGUGCAUGCGGACGUCAUUCCGAACAGGAUGACAGACGAGGGUGAGAAAUUUGAGGCAAGAUUUGCCCCGAGGGCGAACAGAAUCCGACUUUCUGACGAACAGGAUCGCAGGAGGAACAAAACCACAAGGAACCCGGAUUUGACCAGGGAGAAUAAGUUCUCCGACGACGACGGGGGUCGCUCGAGGAUGCCGGCAAAUGCGGUGAGCACAUUCUCUGACGAAUUAGACUGCAGCUCGAAGGUCCGUCCGAGUCCAAGCAGGAAUCGCGGUGUGUCCGAGGAAAUCGUUAGGAACAGGGCAUAUAAUGAGAACGAACUCACGAAAACUCCAGAUGGUCUAAGAGAACGGAGAAACAACUCCGAUGCAUCGAGGUGCCGGACCAAUGGCAGGGGUUCGGGAGAUCCGGACAAGGAUCGCCGAGACUGGAACGACGAGAGUCAUCGUGGGAAUAUCCCUAUGCCAAAUGAAAAUACGGCGAACGCCCAGCAUUUUAGGUUUAAAGAGGAUGUAGCCGAACUGAAUAUAAUCAGCGACGUCAGAGUUGGUAACGCUGUCAACAUACCCCUCAAGGAAUUUCCCAUCGGCAGAUUCGCCGACUCACCGGCAAAAGUCCACUGCAGGCCGAAGGACAAAAGAAACGAAGCGAAUCUCCAGAAAGAGAUCCAAAGUCCCGAUUACGGGGUCGAGAUUGACAUUAAGGAGGACUCGAAAGGUUUCUACGAACUUAUCGGCGAAGGGGAGGAUGGGUUGAAAUUUGCCGACGACGAUGACGAUUAUAAUAUUGAUAACAAAGUGACAGCUUAGACUUGUAGAGGCGAGAAACCGUGUCCCUGUGGAGUGGGUUGGGCUUCGGUUAAACUCGACCUUACGGCGCAAUUCACCGUCGUCGUCGGCAAGCUAGAAGAAUCUAUGAAAUUUGUUAGUAAUAAUCAGCAAUCAUAGUGGACUGCCGGACGAUGCGAAGAGUUACUAUUGUCAGAAUUGGGAGAAAUGUAUACGUUUAUACGUAUGGAUAUCCACACAGUAGUCUGAUUGUGAGAGUAUAUGGAUCUCCCGCGAACCGUGAGAGAAUGUGAUUCUUAAGAGUGAUACAGCUAGCUUGGCGCUGCUCUUCAAUAAAUAUUGUAAACAGUGCGUGAGCCAAGAUAUUACCUACUGUGAAGAAUCACGUUCUCAUUCUAUUUGCGAGGUGACCAUGAGCUUAUAUUAUACACUACCGUACGAUUAACCGACUGGCGGUCAACAAGGCCUACGGCAUUGCACGUGAAUCUACGACCUACGAUCGGGCCGCGUAUUUCGGGCAUUUUUCGGUGCAAUGUAUUACGUGAAUUAUUUUACGAGUAUGGACAAACUAGUCACAAAUAAUAAUUUACUUGAAAUUUAUUUAUUUAUACAGCCGUAUGAACGAGUGCAUUAGCUAUAAUUAUGAUAAUACGCGUAUCGUAUCGUGUCGUACUAAAACUUAAUUUAGGGUACACGUAGCGUCAAACUUCGAUUACCGGAUGUUUUAUGGAGACAGAAAUUGCCGCGAAUCAUGCGUUACUCCUCUACAUAAUAUGCGUGUGGGUGGUAUCGGUAAUAAAUUCUUUAACUUGGCCAUUUCGUUUCAAAAUCACAUUUUAUCAUAUCGAAGAAUAUCGGAUCACAAGUCGCGUGUGCGGUUGUAAUAAUGCAUAAUAUAAGUGAAUAUUACUGAAUAUACUUACUUUGUGAACGAUUUUUAACUUUAUGCAUACUACGCGUCAAAGUAGAUACUACCGUACGCAUGGUAGACGAACGAAAUCGCGUACUAUACGCAUAUACUUGUGUAAAAAUUCAUGUUCGUUACAAGGGCUAAGAUUUAACACACCAGUCUGUAAAAUCUCACUUUGCGCUCUUGUAUAAGCGAAACUGUUUACAAUUUUCUAAUUUCAAUGCGUCUUGACGUUUUCAGACUUCUAGUAUCCGAAAAAUAUCUAGUCUGCCCGUCUAUCCCGAAAAACUCUCGUCAUGAUCUCUGUAACGGCCAGAUGAGACAAUGUGAAAUUUACACGACUUCAAAUUGAAAUGAUAAGCACGAUAAAUUGCCAUUAUCCAUUUUUUUGACCGUACGCUUCUAUCGAAAAAAAAGUCGAUAAAAUUCGAAGGACUCCGACACAGUUUUUAUGAUGUUUAUAGAAAAUUUUAUACAGAUUGCUAUAAAUCGUAUAAAAUUAUGCAAUGGGGAAGCAAUUUUGUGAAAAAUGAAGGAACCAUUAAAAAAAAAAAAAAAAAAAAAAAAAAAAAAAAAAUCAAGAAUAUCAGCGGUAAAACAUUUUGAACAUACUUGAUUGUACUUCCAGCAAUUAAAUUG